GGAGGAGCCAGGGUUGCGGCCAGGGCUGGCUGUGUGCUCUCCCCAGCCCAGAUUAGAUGAUCGUGGAGGCAGCGGCGGGUCGUGCUGCUCCCCGGGUGUCACCAUGUCGCUGCGGGCCCGCGCCCUCUAUGACUUCCGAGCGGAGAACCCGGGGGAGGUGUCCCUGCGGGAGGCCGAGGUGCUCAGCCUGUGCAGCGAGCAGGACAUCGAGGGCUGGCUGGAGGGGGUGAACAGCCGGGGGGAGCGCGGUCUGUUCCCGGCUUCCUACGUGGAGGUGAUCCGCAGCGAGCCGGCCUCCCCCCCUCCGCCGCCCCCGCCACCCCCGGCCCCGGACUCCCGCUACUCCAACCUGCCCGCCGGGGGGUACUCCCCGCCACAGCCCUCCGCCCAGGCUCCUCCCCAGCUGGCCUUCUCCUUCCCCGCGGGAGCCGUGCAGCCCCGGCCGAGCGCCCUCCACUACCAGCAGAGCCAGCCCAGCGACGACGACUGGGACGACGAGUGGGAUGACAGCAGCUCCACGGCGGCCGACGAGCCCGGGGGGGCUCCCACUCCCGGUUACUAUGGCGGCGGCGGUUUCCAUGACUACGACGGGUCCAGCUCGCGCUACCGAAUGUCCACCCGCUCCGAGCUGCCCCCGGGCUCCUACUCCACCACCGCCUCCUCCGCCUCCCAGGCCGCCAAGGGCUCGGCCACCGUCAGCCGCAACCUCAACCGCUUCUCCGCCUUCGUCAAGACCGGCGGCGAGGCGUUCGUGCUGGGCGAGGCGGCCGGGUUCGUGCGGGACGGGGACAAGCUGUGCGUGGUGCAGGGCCCGCACGGGCCGGAGUGGCAGGAGAACCCGUACCCGUUCGGCUGCUCCAUCGACGAGCCCACCAAGCAGACCAAGUUCAAGGGGAUGAAGAGCUACAUCUCGUACCGGCUGCUCCCCAGCCACACCGGCCUGCAGGUCUACCGCCGGUACAAGCACUUCGACUGGCUCUACACCCGCCUGCUGGAGAAAUUCCCGGUCAUAUCGGUACCCCGCAUCCCCGAGAAACAGGCCACCGGCCGCUUCGAGGAGGACUUCAUCUCCAAGCGGAGGAAGGGUCUGAUCUGGUGGAUGGACCACAUGUGCAGCCACCCGGUGCUCUCACGGUGCGACGCCUUCCAGCACUUCCUCACCUGCACCGACGAGAAGGCCUGGAAACAGGGCAAGAGGAAAUGCGAGAAGGAUGACAUGGUUGGAGCCAACUUCUUCCUCACCCUCAGCACCCCACCAGGGGCCCCAGUGCUGGACCCCCACGAUGUGGAAGGCAAGCUGGACUCCUUCAAGGCGUUCGCCAAGAGGAUGGAUGAGGGAGUCCUUCAGCUCAACCAGACAGCCGGAGAGUUUGCCCGAAAACAAGCUUCAGGCUUCAAGAAGGAGUACCAGAAGGUGGGCAUGGCCUUCAAAGGCUUGGGACAAGCUUUCGAGAUAGACCAGCAGCCCUUCUCGGUGGGAUUCAACCGGGCUAUGGCCUUCACUGGGGAUGCCUAUGAUGCUAUUGGGGAAAUGUUUGCAGAGCAGCCUCGACAGGACCUGGAUCCCAUCAUGGACCUGCUGGCAGUCUACCAGGGCCACCUGGCCAACUUCCCAGACAUCAUCCACGUCCAGAGAGGUAACCACAAAAAAAGGGGGUGCUCUGGUGUGUUGGGGGUUGCUGUCACUGAGAUGCAGGAUACUAGGGCUACAGGGUAUGACGGUUUCUCAUAAAUUAGAUUAAGAUAUGUGCAUUAUUAAUACAUUACAACAUUCCAUUAUUGUAACAAUUGAAUAUUGUGGACCCAGGAUGUAAUUACUUGGGAAGACCCCAUGUAUGUAGGAGGUGAAAGGUAGACAAAUGUGUAGAAAACACUUCGCCUUAAUUCGAUUCAUUCUUACUCAAUAUGUAACUGUAAAACCACAAAUCCUCUAGCAAUCUUUUGAUACUUUUACUGCAAUUAUAAUAGACGAAAACUUCUUUCAUGAUGGUAACAAAACAAGCUUGAUCUUUGUGUUUGAAAUAGCAAUGCCUAUUUGUAAUGCCUUCUAACAUAAUAGUUUCAGAUUAUGUCAGAGAUCACUCAGUUGGAGGGGGUUUACAGUGACACCAAUCUGAACUUUGCAAUGGAAUUAGAGCACAAUAGCUAGUCAAUUCUUCUGGCAGUCUUAACGUCUUAUUGUUAUGUGUUUGUAGGAACACCUGAUAUUGAGCUAUUCAGAAUAGGUAUUCAAAGAAAUUAGGUAUUCUAUAAGAUAUAUGUAUAACUAUCUGUGCUUUCUAUUUUGUUGGCUAGUAUUUCCUUAAAAUUACAAAUGUCUUGGAACAAUGCUUUGAAUCUUUUAUGCUAUUGCCUUGGUCUAAGUAUUUAAAUAAAAAAUAUAUAUAUUUUAUGGCACUGCUUACACACAUCAUACAAACUACAUAAUGAUCUCUAAUAGUUUUGUCAGCAUCUGUGCGCAUGCAAACCAAUGUUUCAUUCAUUCAUUCAUUCAUUCAUUCAUUCAUUCGUACACUUGGGGAUACUGAUUUUGCCUUUUUCCCAUAGGCCAACACUGGGCAGGGGUGUAUGUAGUAUGCACAGCAUCUCAUUGGAAAUACAAGGCCCAUUAUUGACUGCAUCACUCUUGUCUGCAUAAACCAAAUCAAAGUAGAGAUACUCCUGUCUAAAUUUACAUUUUUAUGUGGCUGCUUUUUUCUUUUCUAUCUCGUAUAGUGGUUAACUUUUUUCAUUUUUCAAAGAACAAAAGUUAUGUACAUUACAUUACCUGCAUAGGUCACCAAUGUUAAACAAUGUUCAUUAGGCUUUCAAAGCUCUAACAAAUGUUUUAUGGACUCGCUUAAGCAGCAGUCCAGACAAAAAUUAUGAACCAUUGAUUCAGGGAUUUUUUUCUUUAAAUACAAGGAAGAAAAAGAUUGCACAGGAUGUAUAUGUGCUUUACUCAAGCAUACCCUGAUGCUUACCAAACGUAUGGUUGCAAAACAUUUUAACCUAUUAAAUGGAAAGAAGUGUGUAUUAAAUGAGGAAAUGAUACAGGAAAUUAAUUCUAUAUUUUAAAGGAAUGUUCUCAAUUUUGACUUUCCUUGUUGGCAAUUUUACAUUGCGAAAUCUCCAAUGACUCACUGUACAAAACUUUCUUGAGUUGCAAUACUUAAAGUAUAAUAUCUCGAAAGCUUACAAUGUAUAACAUCCCAGCACACUGAAGACAUUUUGCCAAAUCUUAGCACCCUAGAUAUUAAUGUGCCUUUCACGUGAUACUCAGCCUGCCAAUUGUUUUUGGCUUGCUGAACAUGAUGGGAAAUUUAUUUUUCAAACAUCUGGGAUGCUGGAGUGAUUCAUCACCAUUGUAAAGUGAGCAUAUGAGGUGUCAAGUAUUCAAAAUGAAGUACAAAGAGCUGAGAGAUUUAUGAAAGUGUCUUAUUCUGAAAAGUGGUACAAAGUUAGAAGUGGAAUCACCAGUGGAAUGUGCUUUUGGUUUCCAUGGUGAUAACACCGCUUUUCUUAUACUUUAAUAAAUCUCUUCCAAUGCGACUUCUAGGUAAUACAUUGCAUGCUAGUAUUAUCCAAUCAUUUUGUUUACUGCAUAAAUAAGGCUUUUCUUGGUAAUCUCUGGACACACUUUCUUGAAAUAAGCAAUCUGAUUUUUUUUUUUUUCUUUUCAGUAGGGGGUUUGUGAGAGAUUCAGCACUUGGUUGUAGUUUUGUUUAUGGGGGAACCUGAAAUAUUGAUAUAUUUUUUUUUUUUUUUUCUUGGCUCUUUAUAUUUCAAUAUCCUAAUAAAGGCUUAUACCCCCUAUACGAAUAUUUACUUUUAAGGAACUUCUUUUGGUGGAGUGGGAGUCCGCAAACUUUAAGUGGGCGGUCGUCCCAUCCUGCUUUAUUUUUCCUCUAUACCAAAGGCUUAUACCAUAUUUAUGGAUACUUAAUUCAUUUAGAGGUUCUCGUUUAUGGAGGAGGGAUUCCCCACAUAUUUGUGAGGAGUUAUCCUGACUCAAUUUAGUAGUUUUUGUUCAAUUUACUUUGGGUGAUGCCCUUAAGUUCCUCUGUAACCGAUUAGGAGGCACCAGUGCUGACUAGUGUAGCCCUGUUGCCUCUUCUUGUGUGGCUAUUAAAUAAAUGUUAACUCAAAUCUAGAGGUUAGACUUUCCUUCCGUGAGAUUACUAGUGUGGCUAAAGUGCUUUAGUUUGGAGCGUUCCUUUAAACUACACAAAGUACAUCACGUUAAAUGGUACACUGCCACCACACACUGAAAUUAUGUAAUAUUUAUAUUCACCUUCAGUAUGUGAUUUUAAAUAUUAUCUAUGUUCAGGUUAUUCUGGUGUCAAGUUAAGUUUGUAUUUUACUUAUUUAUGCUUUGGGUGUAAUAUAAUAAAUUACUACUCCUUGUAAUUAAAUGAGAUGCACAGACUGUAGUGUAAAGGAGAAUCAUAAUCAUGCAGGUUUUUGUUACAAUGGAAAAAGUGUUAAUUUGUGUGUGCAUGUAUUCAUCAAAUCUUAUUUUUCUUUUUUACCUUCACUAAUGAAGGCCCUUAUUUGGGUAAACCUCUUCAUCAAAUCAUGAGGCAAUACUGAAACUCCAAUUAUGCUGUAAGCCAAUGUUUAAUCUAUUUAUGGAGCACUUUUCUACCCCAAGAGGAUGUCAAGCACUUAGUUAAAACUUCAUGACCUGCUGACAUAGCUGUAUCAUACAAAGGAGUGUAGUAUGGAUGCCAUAUGGAAUAGUCUGUAAGCCAAUAAGCCAAAGGGUAGUUUAUCUUAUGUGACUGACAAUUCUGUGUGAAAAUAUCUUGACAUUGCCUUGUCUAUUUCAGAAUAUGGUAUUUUAGUUAAAUAAAAAUGUGAUCAUUUAACGCUGCAAAAUGGUCUUGUGAUGCUAAGAUUUUUUUCUGUGACAAGCAGGCGAUGUGGUCAAAAUGUGGCGGAAACAUUCUAGCCUUGUGUUCAUGAUUCAGAGUGGUAGUGUAGUAAAUGUUUUUUAGCACACAUUGGGUCUCUUAAUCCUACCUGAGCUCUGUAUGAAUGCUACAACCUUACCAAAAGUAUUGUUGUUGUCAACACAUUUUUAUGGCCACAUUCCACCUAUGGCUGAAUAAUGUGUUUUGUCACAAAGCACGUCAUCUCAAACUGAUUCCAAAAGUGGUAGAAUCCACUAUAUUCAAAUGAGCUCAGCAGUGACCUGAUCACUAUCCAGUAGGACAUUGGGAUAUAAUGACAUGGGAGAUUUAUAGCAUAGUUACAUAGCUACAUAGCUGUAAAGAGACUUGCGUCCAUCAAGUUCAGCCUACCUCACGUUUGUUUUUUGCUGUUGAUCCAAAAGAAGGGAAAAAAACAGUUUGAAGCACAAUUUUGCAACAAGCUAGGACAAAAAUUUCUUCUUGACCCCAGAAUGGCAGUCAGAUUUAUCCUUGGAUCAAGCAUUUAUUACCCUACAUUGAAAGAUUAUAUCCUUGAAUAUUCUGUUCUUGCAAGUAUCCAUCUAGUAGCCGUUUGAACAUCUGUAUGGACUCUGAUAAAACCACUUCUUCAGGCAGAGAAUUCCACAUCUUGAUUGUUCUUACAGUAAAAAAAAAACCUUUCCUUUGUCUUAGACGAAAUCUUCUUUCUUCCAGUCUAAACGCAUGGCCUCGUGUCCUAUGUAAAAUCCGGUUUGUGAAUAGAUUUCCACACAAUGGUUUGAAUGUACAGCUGACAUUUGCAACAGUGAAUUGAUGCUGUCAUGACAACCUGGAUCUUAAUUUCUAAGUAAGGAAAUAAAACUAAUAUUUUUUUCAUUCUCCCCCUCCCCCCCUAUAAAAACAUGUUUGUAUUCCUAAAGUUAUAGUGUAUCUUGAAUACGUUUCAGUCCGUAGUCCUUCACAAUACUAAUAGAAAUAUGCAAAAAUUAGUUUUAGGUGAUUCGUCAGAAAAUGUUUUUUGUUUGCGGUCAUCAAAUAAAUCAAACAAAGUCAGAAUCCUCUGCAUUUAGCAGGAACUGUUAGUUUAGCAUGAUUUGUGUUGAUGUUGAUAACUUCUAAUGACAUGGUUUAGCAUUAAUUCCAAAAUGCUUUCCCUUUGACUCCAACAACUUUAAUUGUUAAGCUCACUGCUCUGUAAUUUCAGGGUAGAGAUUUUGUUCCUUUGUUAAUUAUGGGCACCAUGUCAUUUUCUCCAAUCCUCUGAUAUGAUUCCUGCAAAAAAAUAAAUCCUGUAUAAUGCAAAACAUUGGUAUUGCUAUUUUUAAUCUAAGCUCCCAAAGUACUAGUGAUUAUAUACCACCUGGCCCUUGGGCUUUGUUUAUCAACUUUAUUUACUCCAUUGCCCAUGGCACUUUGCUGUCACCCCUAUCCUCAGUACUGUAAGCAGGACACUUUGUUCCAAUUAAUGUCCUGCUUACUUAGCUUUUGGCUCUCCAUCUAACCCCACAGUUUUACAUUAUGUAGGCCAUUCCAUUUUGAAAUUGAAUAUUUAGUGUAGAGGAACACUAUAGGGUCUGGAACACAAACAUGUAUUCCUGUCCCCUGAGUGUUAAAAUCACCAUCUAUCCCUCCUGGCCUCCCCUUGCCCCCUAAACACUGCAAAUCUUACCUUUAUUCCAGUCUGCAGCUGCUGGCUCUGCCCCUGAUCUGCCUGCUUGGCUGACAUUAUCAUAAGUGGUGUUAUGAGCCAAUCACAAUGCUUUCACAUAGGAAAGCAUUGGAUUGGCUGAGCUUGUCAAGAAGGCAGAUCAGGGGCAAAGUCAGCACAAGCCAAACACAGCCCUGGGCAAUUGGCAUAUCUUCAUAGAAAUGCAUUGAAUUAAUGCAUCUCUAUGAGGAAUGUUCAGUGUCUCCAUGCAGUUGGUGGAGACCCUAAAUGGCAGUAGUGCACACUGUGCAGCACUGACCCAGGAAGCACCUCUAGCAGCCAUAUGAUGAGUGGCCAGUGGAUGUAUCCCUAGGCUGUAAUGUAAACAUUGCAUUUUCCCUGAAAAUAAAGUGUUUACUGCAAAAAGCAUUAAGGGAAUGAUUAUACUCACCAGAACAAAUACAAUAAGCUGUAGUUAUUCUGGUGACUAUAGUGUCCCUUUAACAAAUUGAUUCACAGCAUAUACCCGAAUUAGUCUUUAAAGGAUUGAUCCUCCCUCAGCUGCCAUGUCUGUCACCCAUCUUUCUAUGGGUUCCUUAAAUGGCUUAUAUUCUGCCACAUCACUAGUUGUAGCUAAACUCUGGUCAGUGAGCAGCAUAGCAAUUUUAAGAUUUUCACUCUCUCAGUGUUGCAAUUUGCUUCUCCAGAUCUCAAAUCUGAACUUCCAGCGCAGCCAUUCACUCACACUUUAUGCAGAAGUAAUACUUCUAAAACACCAACAAAGUUUGCAGUGCUGUACAAUAGGUGGACUAACAGACUAGUAUCUGCAACAGGAUUAGUUAGACACAUUGGAACUGAGUGUAGAAUAUAAUUGUGUAAAACAAAAUUUACCUGCUUUUCUCGAACUGUUCAAAAUAUUCUACCUUGCAAUAUACACCUUGAGUAAGCUAUUGUGAUCAAGCUGUUUAAAUAGGUGCUUGGUUAGAAAGCGUGCACAGAGAAAAAGAAAAGGUUUAAACCAUUACUUAUGGGAAAUUGUCAGCAGCACUAUAGAAAGUGUGCCGUUUACUUCCUGGUCUGUUUAGAGCGUAUUGCAAAUCCUACUUAGACUGCAGUUUCUAAAGUGAACGUUUAAAGAAAAAAAAAUGUAUAUUAAUUGAGUGACUUGCAAGCUCUCAGUUUACAUUGAGGUUUAACAGCGGCAACAUUUGAUAGGUCCUUAUUGAAAGGUGAACAAACAGUAUUGCAAAGGUGUGUUUUUUGGUUUUUUUUGUAUUCUAAAUGUAUAAAAAAACAUUACCAAUGGUGAUGUUUACCGAUUACCUAACCAUUUUUGUGAUUUAUCCCCACCCCCCCACCCCUUUUAAAAGUAGUAAACGCCAAAGUGACAUUUGUCAUUCUGAACAGAGCUUCGGGCUGCCAAAGUCUUGUGUGCCUGGGGUAUAACUUGCCCCCAGCACAUGUUCAAAUCUCUCUGAAUUUGAAGCGUUUGAUGCAGAAAUGUUGCACCUAUAGACUCCUACCACUAUAACCAAUUAAAAUCACUGAUGUGGUGGUGAUGGAUGGAGUAACCCUUACUACGGACCCCUAAAUCUACUUCCAUAAUAAAUUAGAGUCAGACAGUUGAUCUUCCUUUUCCAUAAUUCAUUGAGUCGACCCAAAAAGGAGAUAUUAUACAAUCUCAAGACAAGCGUUUAGUGCUUCAGCUGCUGAUGUCUGGGAUUUGUUUAAAUCUCACAACCACAAGAUUGAUUUGUGGAGGAAUCAACUCAGCCUUCUGUUUACAGAUAGUGAUAACCAUUCAUUUGGUACCUAAGGCUUUUUGGAACAAGGAGUUUCGAAGUUUGGUAUAUCCUUCAUGGUAGAAAAGUUGUGAUCAGUCUGGAUCUGCCUGACAAGGGUGAUCAGGUAUCUUUGGGAGAACUUUUGUGACUGUGCUAUGUGUGAAAGUAUGCUUUCUGUCAGAGAGACUGUAGAAGUUUGUCUGUAAUACAGUAGACCAUCUGUGACCAGAUUUUCUUCAAAAUGCAUAGAAACACCACAGGUUUUACAGCUUCUUUCGUUUUUUGUGUGACUAUUUUGCUAAGAAGUUGAGGGCAUUGAUUGACUGCAUGUGUCAGUUGAUGUUUUCAGCCAUUGUCUUCCAAAUUUUGGGAAAAAUUACUUUGCUAACCUGUGAGGGAGGGACUGGGGUUCAGUUCUUUGGAGAUCCCCAAGUUGCUCAGAUAGUUUGACACAGAAAUACAACAUAGCACCUGCAGUCUCAUAGCACCAUACCAACUACAACUUUGAGUGCCCUUUAUAAAGGUCUAAAAAUCACAAUAAAAACCAAUAGAAUAAUAAAAAGCUAUUAAUUUGUUUCUGUGCUGGUUGCAAACAUUAAAAUACUUCAAUUUUAAUUUAUUUAAUCUAUAAAUCUGUCAUUGGUUUUUUUUUGACAAACUCCAUUAAAUAUAAUUCAUUAGAGGAAUAUGCAAAUUGAAAGUAGUGGUUUAAAGUGUGCAUUACAGUUUGAGAAACACUGUCUUAUUUAUGUUUGCAUCCUUGUGAUGGCUGAAUUGUGCAAUUUUGAAAAUAAUUCUGACACAUGCAAAUUACUUUUUACUUUGAGUAAUUGCAGCUCAUAGCUAUUGUUUGAUGAUCUGUUAAUGACUUUGCAGUUUCUUUGUCUUUGUGGAAAAGCUGUGCUUUUUAUGCAGCUUUGAUUGGAGCCAGAAUUGUCCAGCAUGAGUCCUGUUUCUAAACGGACGGAUAAAGGUUCUAGUGCAACACUAACGGACUACAAAAUACUCACACAGGACACGAUUCAUACAAGCUAAUUAUUACAUAUAGAAUAGAGGAACAGUGACAAAUGACACAGGCUGAACCUUGAACUAUCUGACAGCCUAUCAGAGCAGCUCAUAAAAUAAAAACCUAAUAAAACAAAACAUAUUGGUGCAAUUAAAACAAAAGAGAAUUAAAAUUGUUAUAAAGAACACACAUGCUGAUAACAUUCCUUUGAUCUCUACAAAGUAAUAAAAUAAAAUGUUGUUCCUUGUCCCAGUGUUUAUGAUAUAUUUGUAUUUAAUGUAUACAAGGAAUGGACCACUCAGUCUUCUAAAAAUCAUUAAAUUGUGGGGAGGACAGAUAUUUAACUGUAGUAGAAUAUAUGUAGAAAUAACUGGACAUUGCUAUUUACAUUAAGGGGUUAAUCCAACUCUUUAUUGUAGUAUGAAAUAUUGGGCAUUAAUUUCUAGGUCUCCCACUGUUAUAGGUUUAAAAAGGGGGGGGGAAAAGGUAAAAAGGUUUGUGCAAUCCAGUGCCUGGCAAAGCUUCCCUGGUUACUUUCCACGCACUGUGUGACUUCACUCCUUUCCUCUAAGGUCCAAUCAUAUGCUUCUCAUAUAGAACCGCUCAGAGCAUGCGCGCACCCUGAGCCAGGGAGGUGAGGGAGUAGGGGUGGACACAAGAGGGAGGAAAAAAUAAAAUAAUUGUCAAUAGGAGGAGGUAAGGAGGGGACAAUUUCAACACCACGGGAGGGGGACCCUGAGGGUGGGGGCACCCUCAGGGUACUAUAGUGUCAGGAAAACCGAUUUGUUUUCCUGACACUAUAGUGAUCCUUUAAUGUGAAUUUGUUACUAUUGUCAAUAAAGAUACCAAGAGGGAGCUUGCCAGAAUAAUUAAGCUGUAAACCUGGCCUGGUUCACUCAUCAGACUAACCUCAAUCGAGUGUCCUAAUACCAAAUUUGGACACUCGAUUGGCAUCGUUCAAGUAGAUCAGAACUUAAAGAAACAUACCAAGCACUAUAACCUGCUGUAGUAGUUAUAGUGCCAGGAAUGCUCUUACUCCCAGAGUGAGUAGUCAAACAAUUUAACAAUAUACUUGUGUCCCGUUAGGCAUCUGCCUACUUGUCCUAUGCUGCUGCAAAGAGCUGCCACAGAGCAGAACAGGGUGAAAAAAAAAAAAAAAAUCACAUCACUGAGGAAAAAUACCUAGAACGCAGUUCUACAAAUGUUGUUGGCACUACAAUUUUAACCAGAGACAUACCAGAGCAUAAACUUGCACAAUAUGACUGAUGCUGACUUUAGCUAAGCCAAUUAAUACAUGUAAAAACGUAGCCCAACAUUUGAAACCUUGGGUGCAUAUGGAGUACCUAAGAUUAUGACAAUUUUCACUGCAGUGAUCUAGAAAUGUGUUUUUUUUGUUUUGUUUCUUUUUACAGUUAAGGAGGGGAAUAGAAAUGAUAAUUCACAGCCUCUCUGCAUAAUACAGAAGGACUGCGGAGACAUUUGUCAGCUAAAGGGAGGGGCAAAGCACAGCAGUGAACAUGAAAGGAACACUAUAGUCACCUAAACAACUUUAGCUUAAUGAAGCAGAUUUAGCGUAUAGAUCGUGCCUCUCAUGUUUUACUGCUCAUGUUUAUGCAGCCCUUGUCACACCUCCCCUGGCUAUGACUGACACAGCCUGCAUGGAAAAAAAAAAAAGGUUUUACUUUCAAUCAGAUGUAAUUUACCUUAAACAAUUUAAUCUCCUGCUCCGUAUAUUGAACUUUAAUCACAUACAGGAGGCUCUUGCCGGGUCUAGCAAGCUAUUAACAUAGCAGGGGAUAAAAAAAAAAAAAUCUAAUUUAAACAGAAUUUGCAAUAAAGGAAGGAUAAACUUUAGAUGACUCUUUACAGAAAAUGUUUAGGGAGGCUGUGCAAGUCACAUGCAGGGAGGUGUGACUAGUGUUUAUAAACAAAGUGAUUUAACUCCUAAAUGGCAGAGAUUUGAGGAGUGAGGCUACAGGGGCAUGUUCUAUACACAAAAACUGAUUAAUUAAGCUAAAGUUGUUUUGGUGACUAUAGUUUCCCUUGAAGAUAGAGGUUAUUCUAAUACAGUUUGCUUUGUAUUGCAAUAAAAUAAAACACCAAAUGAGAUAAAACACAUGACAAGUUAUCUUAAGUGAAUUCCUAAUGGUGAACCACAAAAAUCCAUGGUGAAUAAUGGAUAGGACGCGGUGCCUUGAAUUCUAUCUCUGAGGCUGAUAGGAGGGUUUGCCCAUCCUGCAGCUACUACACAAAUGUACGUAUUGUUAUAUAAAAGGGAAGAGGGUAAAGAGGAUGCAGAUUUAGAGGCAUAUUUACACAAUGUUAACUUUUCUUGGCCAACAAGGCCUUCGUGAAAGUCUUCUGACUAAGAUAAGCUACUUUGUUUCUUGUAUAUCUUUUGUUUAAACUGUAAAUUCAUAGUGAUAGUUACUGAAACCUAGUACUGUCGUUUAUUUGACAGGUCUUUGAAAUGAUAGAAAAGGAGGUUUUGGCAACAAGUAACUGACAUACAGAAUAUGAACAAGAGGUGAAGAAGGCCGUGCUGAAGCUAGCUUACAAUCUAUGAGAUCUAAACAAACAGAGAAAAGUAAUCAUCACCAUGUGAUGUACAAACACAGCUGCCUCAUUAUUUGUACACUAAUUGAAUGUGCCUUCUUAUCUGUAAUUGUCUAAUACACAAUAUAAUUAAUACAUCACUGCCACCAAUCACACUUACAACUUCAUAUAGCAGCUGUAUGCUAGAUAUAUAAAUGUUUCACUUUUAGUAUAAUCUACUCCCAGCAGCAACAACUAAACAUUCUCUGUUGAUGUGCAGGUGGAUGUUCGAGUUUGAUGCCAGCCUUUUUUCUUUAUGAAUCUUUAUUUUUUUAUUUCACGGCUAUACUAGAAUUGCAUCAUUACAGUGUAGAACAUUCUAUAAUUAUAUAUUAGCAAAAUAUUUACAAUUCCAUGCAUGCAGUAUUUCUCACAAGCAUGAAACUGGAAAUAAACCAGAGAAUUGCCAAUUCUAAACCAACAUACCCGUAAGCAGAGGGUAGGGAACCUUAGGCACUCCAGAUAUUGUGCAACAUCUCCGUUGAUGCUUUGCUAGCAUGAAGGGACAUGUAGUCCACAACACCUGGAGUGCUGAAAGUUGCCUAUCCCUGCCUAAAGUCUCCACAGAUAUUUUGAUUUCCAACUUAGCUGUUUUCAUUUCAAAUGACCAGUUUGUGAAUAACCGUCAAGUGGGUUAGCAAAUUAUAAAAUAUUUGGAGAUUCUAAAUGCAACAUAUGAUGUUUAUAAUGUCCUCCCAAGCUUUUGUUACCAACCCAAUAAAAAUAAAUAAAUCAACACAUAGGCUCUUAAUUGCACACAGGUUUCACACUCCUGACAAACUGCUGCUUAUCCAGGAGUGUAAAUCCCACCCACCACCAUCUCAGAAAUCCAAUCAAUGGCGUUAUUUUUGUAUGAUUAACUUUCACCAUUCACAUAUACAUCUCAAAAUUUACAUUUGGCUCUAAGGUUUAAGUGAUAUUUGGCACUAACUGCAGAGGUUUCAAACAGGGCUCAAAAAUGCAAUUACUAUGCUAUGACCUAGGCCUAAAAGUUGCAUGACAAGCAGACUUUCUGUAGAGUAACCUCUUUUUUUUUUUUUUAAGUUAAUAUCAGUGAAGUCACGAACCAACGCAUUCAUUUUGUUGUGAGUAACAGUUAAUUUUAUAUUUCCCGGCAUAUCUCUAUAUAGGAACUUGUGUUCACUCCACCCUAUACAUAUUUCUGGGAAACUAUUCUGAAGAAGUGGCAGAUUUCUCCUUGUUCUAUAAAGUUUUUAACUACUCGAGUUACGCAAACCACCAUGUCUACCUCUGUUUUUAGAAGUGGUCAUAAUGAUCUUGAUUUGUAUGUUAAGACUUUUUGCACAUACAGAGAUAUUUGCACUUGCUGGGGGCUAGUUACAUCAAAGGUAAUCAUGACUUAGGCAGCAGGCCCAAUAUUAACUUUGCGCAAAAAAGCCCAUUGCACUCUGGCGACUAAGUUCUGCGUCCAGAAGACAGCCAUUAGAGGCUGGCUUAACCACAAAUGUAAACAUAGCAGUUUCUCUGAAACUAUGCUUGCAUCUGCAGGGUUAAAACCUGAGGGACCUGGCACCCAGACCACUUCAUUGAGCUGAAGUGGUCUGGGUGACUGUAGUGUCCCUUUAAUUGCCUGUCUCUAUAUUUUACUGCUAGUUCUUGCAGAGUUGAGUUAAUAAUUUUAAAUUUUCAUUCUGGCUUUUAAGGUUUUUGAUAGAAUGGUUUAAGUUUAAUAUAUUCAUAUAAAAGCUUUAGUUUUUAUAUGCUUAAUGAAGUAAUUUUGCUGCAGAGACGCUGUCCCAUUUGUGCAGAAAUGUAAAGCAUUGCAGUUUCUCUGAAAUGGUAAUGUUCCUUUUUAGUCAUAACUACACAUCUAGAGCUGGACAGAGUGACAGCCAGUAAAGCCAUGUCCUAGUGAAGACUUGAAAUAAUUGAGUUUUCUCAUUCUGCAUCAUUGAGCCCAACAGGAUGUCGAUAAAUAGAAUACAAACAAAGAGAAGUAUACACACUAAGAAAGUGUAGUGAAACCGUAUAAUAGGGAGAAUCAUUACCUGAUUUCAGGUUAUUUGUAUAUUUUCUAUACAUAUAUUGUCACGUAUUGGGAGGUGUUUCCACUUUGUUUUUUAGGAUGCCGAUAAACACUGGGAAUGCUUCUUAUAGACAAGCUUUGGUUUUAGUGCUUCUCAAUGCAAAGUGCUUUGGUACAUGCACGUGACUGUUUGUGACUACACAAUAGAUCAUGAAAGUGCAUUGUAGUGGUUAUGGUGCCAGGAGUGCUCUUCUUAUUGUAAGUAGUAAAACCGUUUUAGUACAGUUUGACUUCUUACCUGGGGUCUCCCGGGCACUGCUCUCCAUCUCUUCUUAGCCUGCAGGAGAACCAGGAGCUUCCAUUAGCUCUCCUGAUCCAAGACCUGCGGUGUAAAACCAGCUCAUUGGCUGGGAGUAUCCUGCAUUGCAGGGCUUAGAUCACACAGCUUGCCUGGAGGCUGCAUGGGAGGUAAUAAGCAGCAGCUGAAGGACUCCAUUCUAAAAUACAAAGAGCACUCCUGGCACCAUAACCACUACAGUGCACCAACGUGUUUAUAAUGCUUUAAGUGUUCGGUUUAAUAAGCUGCACUUCCAACCUACGAGGAUAUAAAAAUAGCUGCCAGCAAGGUUAAGCCAUGACUGAAAAGUCAUCAUACACGAGGUUAUUGACUAAAUUGUGAAUUCAAAAUUAAUAUGCUACGAUGACUGUUUUAAUGACAAUGUGGUGUAUUGGAGUAUACCAAUCUCCCCAUUCAUCGAAAAACCCCAAAAACAAACACUUGUAUAUUUAGUCUAAAGGUAUGAGUAGUUUAGAGGACAGUAUUACUAAAGCAUGUGUUGAUUCCUUUAUGUAGAGGGUGUGCUUUGUAGUCAUGGGUUCCAGGAAAGAGCAGAGUCAAGCUAGUGUCACCUGAGAGGAAAGGACUUGAUAUGGAUGUUUGUGUUAUUUAUACAUUUGCUCUUUGCUUCCUACAUCAGUUUUUAAUGCUGUAUCACUUGAUGCAAUGCCAGAUGGGGGUCAAGUGCACUCCCAGGGUUAUUUACUAAGUGGGAAUUCAAAGUGAAGGCUAGAGUAGUUGAACUGAAAGCAUAGCUGACUUAGGAGAAUUUUUCCAGUUUGGCUGUUUUGACCUUAAAUUUGAAAUUCACUUUGAAUCUGCUUUGAAUUCUGACUUUUAUUGAAUAACCCUGUCUGUAUGAAUUAGAAUGGAGGAAUUUGUAAAGGUAUCAGAUUUCUAUGGGACUAGCACUGUACUCUCUCAUAUAAGAUGUUGUUGGUGUUUGUCUUCUUCCAUGGUUUCAAAUGGGACUUGUGAUACAUAGGGUAUAGUUAAAGUAAUGAGCUGUAAGUCUCUAGUGAAUUCUAUGAAAACACUGGAAUAAUGCAUACACUGACUUCUUAUAGACUGUAAUGGUAAUCUGCCAUCUGUACAAAAGAUGUCUGACUAAGUUAAGAGGUUAUGACCUUAACAAACUUCAAAAGUAUUGACUUCCCCAAGUUAUUCAUCCACUAUAAUGUAAAAUUAUUUUUUUCCCUUGUUUCCUUCUGUGAGAGUUUGUAGAAUACAAGGUUUGAGUAGGCCCCAGGCCAAUUUAACACCAACUUUGUAAGACGGUGCCUGACCCUUUUUCCCAGCUACUUCCUUUCUUUGUGUGGUGCUGUUGAUAGGCUGAGACUCGAGUCAACCUAUUACAAUAUACAUACCUUUUGCACUCUGUUUUCUACGUGGGGUGCCAAUAAAAAGCUGAGAGCAACCGCUGACACUCUCAAUGCAAAGGCGUGGAAAGAAGGAAAUUUUAUAUAUAUAUAUAUAUAUAUAUAUAUAUAUAUAUAUAUAUAUAUAUAUAUAUACACACACACACACACACCUAUUCAAGAGACUAAAGUGGUAUCGCAAUCGACAUGUCCUGACACAAAAUUAAUAAUGAACAUUUAGAGACCAGGAGAUCAGGUUUUAGUGCAAGGCUUGACAAAUUUGCUUUGAAUCUAGGAGCCAGCUAAAAAUGUUAGACCGGUUUUGUUAAACUAACAAAGCUUCAUUUUCAACACCUAAAAUACAAUUCUUAAAGGGUCACAGCUUAAUGUAGUGGUUCUGGUGUCUAUAUCCUGUCCGUGUAGGCUUUUUUUAGAGAAAAGGCAGUGUUGACAUUGCUGCAUAGUAACAACUGUAGUGCGUAAAAACGCCUUACCCAUGCGAUUGGAGGUUGGCCGGUAACCUGAACACACAUUUAGAGACACACACUCACUGACAGGCACAUUCUCUCUCAAAUCCACCAAUAAUUAUUUUGAUUUAAAUUUAUGUCCACCCAGUCUUGGGAGAGCUAAAGUGGAUCAUUUCCUUGAGGUCCAGUGGGGCUUGUGUAAUUUUUAAGCUUUUCUUGCUCUGCUCCCGCGCACUGUUUAGCGACGUGGGGGCCAGAGUGACAUCAUAUUGCUGCUCCCAGUGUUUUGUCAGAUUUCCUUACCCUCGUCACAUCCGGUGAGGCGGACCAGCUGUUGCCUGUGCUACACAUGCGUUCUAGCACUCCUGAUGGGUAGGAAACUGAUGCAGGUUGGAAGCGUGUGCAAGACAACCCCAUCACUGCCAAUGACAAGGCAUCAUCUGGAAUGGUAACUUCUCGUCAGCAUGGAGGGAAGUUAAGUGUUCGUUUAAUUUUUUUAUUUAAGUUUGGGGGCGGACCAUCUUGAAAGCGUUACUCUAAUAAAAAUCACUGUUUUCUCAAAACGAUUUUUGAUUGGAGUAACCCUUGAAUUAUGGUAUUAAAUUUUUUGCUCCCCAAGUGAAAAUUUAGUCCAGAGGAAUGAGACCAUUUACCUCAAGUUACUUUUCACAAACCAAUGAUUUACACUGUAGUGAAAAACUCAUGAUUUACAUUUUUACAAGAUUACUCUCAAAUGUGUAACUAAAAAGUUAUUUCCAUUUUAUUUUUCUGAUGUCAAACUCCAUUGGUAGGUUUGUGAUGAAUUCUGUUAUAGAAUCCAUAGGCAGCUAAGCAACACAUCCUAUAAUUCUUAGUAUGCAGUCAGUGCUCAGAAAUGUUUGUGUACAAGUUAUUUGAGAGCUGAUUGGCUGUGCAUGGUGCUGCCCUAUCGAUUCACUUUAGUUGCAUUGCAAGAAGAGGUUUGCAGCAGCAAGUACCUUUUUAGUUUGAGACACUAAAGUAUUUGUAAAAACAAAAUAAUUUUUUUUUUUUUUUUUUGCAUAAUUUUAGACGUUGGAACUGUUAAUAUUUAUUGUGCUAUGGGUUGUUAGAAACCUUCCAGCCAUACACAAUACAUUUUGUAUAAAAUAUGCAAAUAUAUUGUAAGGAUAGACUUGUCAGUUUUGCUGGUUAGAGACGAUAUUCAGCAUCUGAUAAUUGGUUAUCGGCAUUGUAAUUUACCGAUUAUUACCAAUUCACUCGCCUCUCCCAUUCACCAAACGUUGUCUUCUGAAUCUGGAAACUCUAGCCUCCAGCCAUCGAAGUGCCAUGUAGUGACCUUGCGUCACCCUUUUCUGUAAGUCCCCACAUGCAGAGCUCAGCUGAAGGCAGGAAGGAGAGACGGUGAAUAACCUACUAUAAUGUACUGGUCAGACUGACCGAGUGAUAGGAGUGUGUGUGAUGACAGCAAUUCCACACCUAUCCGUAACAGCAGUGUACAUGCCAAUAUCCCACGGACACCAGCAUGUACUGGCUACCUGAGAGUGAUAGGAGUUUGAUUGUUCAACAACUGUCUCCAAAGGUGACCAAUAAUCUCGAAUGCAUUGUGUUUUAAUUAGUAGAAAUAUGGAAUAAAUAAUUCACGUGUGAAAAAUUAUAUAUGCGAAUGUGGGUUAUUGCUUUACUUAAGGUUGAAGCUUUUUAGUACCCCAGUAGUUGACAAAAUACAGGCAAAAAUGUAUUGUUCCUAAAAAUGUAAUCUUAACCAACUAGUAUCCUCUUUGAGGUUUCCAGAUAAUCUUAUAGGAAGAAAUGCUACACACAGUGACAUUGACUAUUUUAACCCUUUAAGGACAUGUGACAUGUCAUGAUUCCCUUUUAUUCCAGAAGUUUGGUCCUUAAGGGGUUAAAGCACCUGUCAUGACAUGUGAUGUAUCACAUUUAUGAAUUAGGUGACAUAUUUUUCUAGGCAAUACAUAUUUACAGAUUAUCAUUUCUUACUGCAAAACCAAUUAUCUAUCUUAAAGGUGUACUGCAACUGAUUUUGUUCUUCACAUUCCGUUGUUUGGAGUGCCACGUGCUAUGAAAAUAUUGUGGCAUAUUGAAGCCACCCUUUGCCCUCCUGAUAUUAGAUGGGGGAUCUAUUCUGUUCUCAAUUACUUAAAUAUGCUGUAUUCUGGCUAUUUAAAAAAAGAGCCUUUGUAGUAGCUAUAUGCACAUUCAGAUACAAGACACUGUUUUCAUUAGUUAGUGAAUUCAUUGAUAUUAUAACUUGAGAACUCUAAGGUCUUGGCAUUUUUAGUCCUGCAGAGUUAUGAGAAAUUAUCUAUAUUCCGGUGCAGUUUGACAUGCAGUGCAAUUAUCAAAUGCUCCAUUAUUCCUUGCAUUUAGUUCAUACACACUAGGCCUAUGGCCCAUGUCACUCUUCACUAGGAUUGCAGUGACAAUUAUCCAAACAUAGUAGAAUUGCAAAUGUUUCUGUGAAUCUCGUCUGCAUACCCUACCCCACUGACUGUCAUCCAUGUUUGCUAAAGUAAAAACGAAGGAAUGUAAAGGUCACCAUGAUUUAAGAGUCUGUUUUUAUAUGAGGUUUUCUUUAGUGAUCAGACUGUGGUAGACUCGGAGCUACGUGGGAAUUUUUAUGUUAAAUUUAAACUGACUAAGGGGGAAGAAGGCUGCUGCCCUUCUAGAGAUUCUUAAAAUGAUCCCCCAUACUUCUCCGUUACAUUUUUACGUUCAGUGCCAGCGUACACUAUUCAAACGUUAUUUUGAGUAUCACGUAGACGAGCUAUUUUUAAACUAGAUAACGGGAAUCUGAAGUGAUUUAAAUUUUCUUUUUUGUUUCUCUGUAGGUGCACUGACCAAAGUACGAGAGAGUAAGAAGCAUGUAGAAGAAGGGAAGAUGGAGCUUCAGAAAGCAAGUGAUAUCCAAGAACGCUGUAACAUUAUUUCCUAUGCUAGCCUAGCAGAAAUACAGCACUUUCACAAAAUCCGAGUGAGAGACUUCAAGUCACAAAUGCAACAUUUCUUACAACAACAGAUCACAUUCUUCCAAAAAGUGACGCUAAAACUGGAGGAAGCUCUACAAAAAUAUGAUGCUGCCUAGGAAUGACAUGGGGAAACCCUCAGCUUAUUCUCCUCGUUUUGGGGAUGGUAUAUUACCCUGGGGAAAUAUUCACCCCUACAACAUUACAACCUGUUGCCAAUAAUUGGCGGUGGUACACGAAUGGUCGUACAUAUACUAUUUUUUAGUAUACUGUGAUGCAGAAAUGUGGAACCCUAAGAUAGUUCCAGCAUAGCACAUUUGUAUUUAAAUUAUAUUACCUAUUCCUACACUACCAUUGUACCAAUUUUUUCUGGUGUAUCAAGUAUGCAAAUUGCCUUAUUGUUUUCUGAAGUAUGUUGUUAAGGUGCAUACACAAAAAAAAAAAAAAAGACUAACACGUUACUUCAGUUGCCUUUUUUAUUCUUACACCUGGAUUUAACAUAUCCUCUGUUUACAAAUCUUCUACUUGAGCAACUGUUCAAUUGUGUGCCUUCUUAAACUUUUUUUUUUCCAGUAAUAAAUUCAUAUUUUACCAUGGGGGAAUUGUUUAUCCAAUGUAAACUUUACAAGUCUGCUAAAUAUUGUUUUCUCCUCUAUUGCCCACAGUGCUCUAUUUUGUUAGGAAAACAUGGGCUUCCGUGACAUUAUCUGUCCUGUAGACAAGGAGACGAUGGGAUUAACCUAUUGUUUGUUUAGGUUACUGUACGCCCAUGUCAGGAAAAGAUUCACUUGUUACAUAGAACUGUAAGACAACGCUGAAGAGGAACUGGCUAUUUUAACAUCAAUAAGUGAAAAUUCACAGGACAACGCAAUUACGGCUUAUUGCUCGGUACAGUCUUAUUGGUUUUCAGCAGUUGUUUACUUGUAUGAUGGUUAGUGGAUGGGUUAAUGAAGUGUGCUAUUGAAGUGUACGAGCAAGGAGCUGUUAACUAUUUGAUGUGACUCGAAAAGACACUUUAACUGGGAUUUUGGAGACUCUGCAAUCAUCGAUUAAGUAAUGAAAUAAAAUUGCAUUGCUGGCAAUAAAGCACAUAUCCUUCUACAGACUAGUUUACACAGCACGUCUGUUCACAUCUUAUCCAUCUAGGAGAGAGCAGUAGCAUGUUAAAAUUAAUACUGUGUAUGCAUACAAUUAUAUUUAAUGCACUCAUUUUAUUUAUUAUUUUGUAGCCAAUCUUUUCAGUUUUAAUAUUAACCUUUUCUGUGGAAUAUUUACAUAUUGACAAUAUCUAGUGAAAUACUAGCAAUUGUGUAAUGCUGCAUUUUGAGAUAUUGAAGCAGCUCUGAUAUAUCAUGGAUACUUGUUGGAUUUUUUUAAUGCUUUAUAUUAUUGACACUGGUCUUUAAAUUCCUGAAGUUACUGUCACUUCCUUUUCUUAAUCAUGGAAAACAAAGCACUUGAGCUCAUCUAUUUUAUUUUUUAUUUUGUUUUAAAUCAUAUCAAAUGCGUCUUGGCUUUGUUACAAGGUUGGACAACCUUUUUGUUUUUCUAGCCCAUCACCAGAGGCAGAGGAUAAUGUAACUUGGAGGCAAAAAACAUAAAGAAGCUUUUCAUGUCACUCAUCUCUUGCAAAAUAUCAAGAGUCGGCUUUACUUUUUUUUUUUUUGCCCCGGGGCACAAGUAUUAUUUAUACAUGUGCUGUAUGGGACAAGUACUGGCCAGUUGCAAGACAUGGGAGAUUUAGCCACAUAGACAUGUAUCUAUUUGAAGUUCUAAAAUGUACCCGUCUUGAUAAUGGACUUGUGCACCUUUUUAUAUGAAUUCUGAUCCUUAGUAUACAAAGACACUUUUCUUCCUCCCUCAAAUCGUGUUUAUUCUCUGCCCCCUCAAACAAACUGGCCUAUGUAUGGAUCUGUGAUCUCAGUUUGGAGGCUUUCAGAGGUAGACCGAAGAUACAUAACUCCAAAGCUUGGAGCUGGUGCUUAACCAUUGAAGAUAAACAUAUCAAUGUUUAGGUCCUGGACUCCUAGCUUUUUCAUUUCUACUACUUUGCAGCAUCAUCAUCAUCAUCAUCAUCAUCAUUGUUCAGCAUUUUUAGAAAUAAAAAAACCUUGUGGAGUUAGUUGUAGCUUCUGUAUACAUUCUUAAAUUUCUACAGUAUUAUCAUGCUUUCCUUUUAAAGGUGCCUAUUUAUGACUUGGUAAAACUACAGGUGCAUUAUAUAAAUUCUGCUGGUAGAAGAUCAAAUUAAAACACUGAUGUUAUUUCAUAGCACUGGAAGGAGUUUUAAUGAUUACAUUACGCUUACUUUGACUUCUUAACAUCUCCAACCUGUUACACUGUGUGAUCAAUACAAUGUAGUUAAAUUAUCUGCUGGCAAUUAAAAAUCCAACAUUGCUUGUAUCCAAAUGUUGCUAUGCACGUCUUUAUUUAUAAUUUUGCUUAUGGUUUUCUUUUGUCUGCUUUUCUAACCAUUUUAUUUAAGGUAAUGGUAAGUAAAGUCUUUUUGUGCAAA